AUGGGACACCCACAGCGCACAUCACGUGAUGGUGAGCUUCCUGCUAUCGAAUUCACAGCCAUUCGGCUCGGUGAACUCUUCAGCACUCGUGUCAGCAUGGUGCGCUCUCCUCCAAGCCCAGCGUCGUCGUGUUCGUCGAGCUCAUCCAGUUCGUCGCUGUCUUCACAGCCAUCACCUCCUUCAUCCCACUUGCCGUACUUAAAGCCACAACCAGCACCGCCUGUCCGGCCAGCUUGCAUCUCUUCUAGUACCAAACGUUUGCUUCUCGGCAUCUUUGUUAUCGGAGCGUUCAUCUCCUGGUCAUUAGGCGCUUGGGAACCCGUAAUGAUUCGAGUUGGUUUCCACCACAGGCUACGUCCCGCAGUAUUACUGGUAGGAGAUUCGUUGACGGAGAAGGGCUUGCUUCCAUCCUCUAUGGGCUGGGCCACAAUGCUCCAAGGCGAUUGCAGACGCACCGUCGAUGUGGUUUGUCGAGGACUCGCGGGUUACAACACGAAAUGGUAUCUGAAGCAUGCGAUGCCGAUAGUUCAAGACGAGAUCAUCGGCCUCAGCUACUCGCCGAUUCUGAUAACAAUUUGGCUGGGCGCCAAUGACGCUGCAUUGCCCGAAGGAGGUUCUUCUGAAAGUCACAUUCCUAUUGACGAGUACCAGGAAAACCUGGCCAAACUGGUGCUCGACUUUCAAGCUAUAACACCCACAUCACGGAUCUUGCUUAUCACGCCGCCGUACGUUGACGACGCAGUUCAAAAGAAGAACGCCAAGGCGAACAAGGGGGACAAGAAGGGUUUAGUCUCUCACUCAAACGAAAUGGCAGGGAAAUAUGCUCGUGCCUGUGUCGAUACGGCAAAACGCGUAGGCGUUCCUGUGCUAGACUUGCACACGUACUUUAACAGCCUGCCAAAGCGGAAACGCAAGGACUUGCUCGAGGAUGGUUUGCACUUCAAUACAACAGGCAACGCCUUGAUGUACGAGAAGCUCCGCGAAAUAAUCGAGGCCGAGUUCGAAGAUGUGGCGCAAAAACUAGAGCACUGGCAGUUCCCACAUUAUGAAGACUUUAUCGAGACUGAUCCAUGGGCACCAGACAGCACCAUCGUAGAUUUCACGAACGUUCGAGUCCGCCGUUAA